AUGAUAAGAGUAGGUGCAAAGAGAGUUUGUUAGCAAAAUGUAGCUGAAAGACAAUCGAAGUUAAGAUAAGAGACAGGAAAAAAUCCCAACAAAAAACUAAAAACGGUUGAUUAGUAUUAGAUAUAACGAACAAAAGGAACUUCUAGAUGUUUCUCAUAAACGUUACCGGUAGACGUUCAUGAAACGUUUGAAUUUUAUUUAACGUUCAUUUCAAAACUUGCAUGAAGUCUUUGCAAAGUUUAUUCAGCAUCAGAUACUGUUCUCCCUCAAAGUACAGAUUUUCUCAUUUGCAAAGCAAUUCUCGGUGCCUCAAUUACCAAUUGUAGUGUCGUAUUCCGAAAGAUGGCGCCGCAACUGAUCUUCAACGCUAUUUCUGUCAAAAAAAAGCAAAGAGAAUAUCAUCUCUCUCCUUUCCUUUAUCUUCUGUUUUCUCCGUCCUAAGACACAUUGCGAAACUUCACAGUUUUUUUUUUCAAAAAUAUUAAUCAUCCGAUUAGUCCACAGUCUAUAUUGUGGCAGUUCUACGGAUUCAAAAGAUCUUAUUUUAUUUUCAGAUUAUUCCAAUGAGCAUUGGAAUAGAUUUGGGAACAACCUUUUGUUGUGUGGCGCACUAUCAGAAUGGACAAGUGAAUGUCCUUGAAAAUGAAAAUGGUAACUGUUAUUAGAAAUCAAGUUUGUAAUGCAUCUUUGACAGAACCUUUUUGAUAGAGAUAGAUUCGGUAAAGGUUUUAGAAUUUCAGGAUGCAGGACAACGCCAUCUGUUCUUGCAAUUGGCGAGGAUGACGAAUGGCUUGUAGGUCAGCACGCUAAAGAUGUUGUGACGAAACCAUCAGACGCUUUUUUUGGUAAAUAAUCACUCUUCCACCACUAAUCCCUCGUAUGAAUUGCAGACGUGAAGCGAAUGAUAGGCAGACGUUACGAUGAUAUUCUAAUUCAAAGAGAUAUGAUAUUGUGGCCGUUUUGUGUGGAAAAAGAAGAUGGUUUCCCUUCUCUUGUCAUCAAGAACGGAACCACAGUUCAUCGUCUCUCCCCAAUUACAGUAUCCGCUCACAUUUUAGAAUAUCUCAAGAAAAACGCUGAAAGAAAGUUAGGAUUUGAGGUACAUAGUGCUGUGAUUACGGUUCCGGCAUAUUUUAACGCUUCACAACGAAGAGCAACAGAAGAAUCUGCUCGAAUAGCUGGACUAAAAGUUCUUCGAAUACUGAAUGAACCAACUGCAGCUGCAAUUGCAUAUAGUUUGAAUGGGCAAAGAUUUUCACAAAGAAACGUUUUAAUAUAUGAUCUUGGAGGAGGAACAUUUGACGUGGCAGUGGUCAACAUUGAUGGUCCCAGAAUUACUGUGAAAUCGAAAGGAGGUGAUAUACAUUUGGGAGGCCAAGACAUUGAUAAUAUUAUCAUUGUUAAAAUGAUUGAAGAGUUCAAGAAGAGGUAUCAAGUUGACCUGCACGGAAAUUAUAAAGCGUUGAAGCGGUUGAGAAAGGCCGCUGAAGCCGCAAAGAUCACAUUGUCGGCAAGUACUGUUGCAAGAAUCGAGGUUCCCCGACAAUCUGAACAAUUAUCAUUGCAUUUUUCAGUUAGAAUGUUUGCAUGGUGGAGUUGAUUUCAUAAUGAAAAUAACUCGUUCGGAAUUAGAUCGCUGGGUCGAAAACUUGCUUCUUUCAACCACUAUUCAUGUAGAACGUGCGAUUCGAGAAGCAAACUUGAAAAAAUCAGAAAUAAACGAGAUUGUACUUGUUGGCGGUUCAACCAGGAUUCCUAUAUUGAAAAGGAUUAUAAAAGAGCGGUUUGAUGCUUCGACAAAGAUUUGUGAAUCAAUUCAUCCAGAAGAAGCAGUCGCCUAUGGAGCUGCGGUUAUGGCAGCAGUUUUAACAGGUGAACAGACUUUAAAACGGUCCUGAGAAAGUCACGGGACAAUUGUAUUCAUAUAGUUGAAGAAUCUGUGCUUCUAGCUUGUUUUUUAAUACUCGAUUCACUCGAGUGCAUACGAAUGCCUCAAUCUCAAUUUUCAUUCUAUAGACUUUUAACCUAGUAAUACACCGAGGAUUGGAUUAAUCUACCGUCUCCAGGAGUUGAUGACGUACAAGACAUGCGACUGAAUGAUAUGAUUCCCAUGUCGAUUGGCGUUCAGUGCAACAGGGAUUACAUGUCUGUUCUUAUUAAGAAAGGAACCGUUUUCCCGUGCUCCAAAAAGAAAACGUUCAUAAACAGUGAAGAUUUCCAGACUCACAUUAAUGUACCCGUUUUUGAAGGUAGCUUCCCAAUUCUUCUCUUCUAUUCAAAUAUUAGUUAGUUCAGGGGGAAGAGCUAGGUGCUCGGAUAACAGACUACUUGGAGAAAUAACCCUUCCGAUACGUGCUAGUAGACGCGGUGAAUCUGUAAUUGAUAUAACUUUGGAAGUGGAUCACAAUGGCAUAUUACAAGCUACCGCAUUUGAUACCGUAACACAGAAAGUGGUAAAAACUACGAUUGUCUACGAUCAUUGUACUUUCACAAUGAAUGAGAUUGAGAAGUUGACGAACGGAAGUGAAGAAGAUCGGCAACUUGACGAAUCAUUCCGUCAAAGAUACAAACAACUUCAAAAGAGUGAAGAUCUCGCUUAUGAUUACAAGUAUCGACUUGAGAAAGUGCAGGUUACUGUAAUUCUCCUAAAUUUCUCCAGUUUCAGUUUUCAGGGAAGUAUUGAGCUCGACAAAUUCGCUCAUUUAAUGGAAGCUGUAGAACGAGAAAUUUCAUGGUUAUCAGCUUUCCCGAAGGUUUCCUGUGACGACUAUAAGAAUCGGCGUCGAGCCCUGCGCCUAAAAAUUUACCCAACUCUGUUUUACAAUCUAUCGUUCUAUUGAGUAAAUUCGCGGCAUUUAAUUCCGAGGGUACAACAAUUUUGGGGCACAACAGGGUACAACCUAUUUUAGGGUACAACUUUUUUAAUUUUGGGGUACAACUUCCCCGAUUUUAGGGAAUAAUUUCUGUCAAGUAUUUUAGGGUACAAUAAUUUUAGGGUACAACACUUUUAGGGCACAACUAGCACAUAAUUUCAGGGCACAACUUCUUACAAUUUUGGGGCACAACAACAUGAUUUUUAGGGUACAACACUUUUUUUCUCAUUUUUUUAUGUAUUUUUCUUGCAUUUUACUACAAACCCAUAUUCUUUUUUUAUAAAUAUUUCGCUGAUUUUUUUAUUUCAAUGACUCAUCUCUUGUAAGAGAACCAGUCUUUCGACUCGUGCUUUCUGCGGCAGUUCACACAUUUUGUUUUCACCAAAUAGUGAGGUUAUUCAAAACCUUUUAUUGCAAAAAAGCAUAUGACAGUAACAAGUUGAGCACAAAUGAACGGAUCUGAAAUAACGAGUAGUAGUAAAAUGCAAGAAAAUACAAAAAAAAAUGAGAAAAAAAAGUGUUGUACCCUAAAAUCAUGUUGUUGUGCCCCAAAAUUGUAAGAAGUUGUGCCCUGAAAUUAUGUGCUAGUUGUGCCCUAAAAGUGUUGUACCCUAAAAUUAUUGUACCCUAAAAUACUUGACAGAAAUUAUUUCCUAAAAUCGGGGAAGUUGUACCCCAAAAUUAAAAAAGUUGUACCCCAAAAUAGGUUGUACCCUGUUGUGCCCCAAAAUUGUUGUACCCUCGGAAUUAAAUGCCUAAAUUCGCUUCUCAUGUUUCUGGUUCUAUUUAUCUUGAACUCAUAAAAUCGAGGAAAUUAAAAAAAAAAAUCUUCAAUGCAAGUUUUAGACCGAUCGGGACAUGGAAUAGAAUUCCGAAAAAGCCGAGUUUUUGCGGAAAAUAAACGUGUCCCAACAGAAUGCUCACAAUCUAUUACAUCAAUAUUGUUCUUCCUCAUUGUUCUUAGAAACUACUCAAAGCUAACAGCAAAAUCUCUCUGCUUGCCAUCCGAUUGUGUAAUCCGUUCGUCGCUGAUUCUCCUCGUUUUCUAUCUUCUUGUUUCCACUUUUAUUUUCUCAUAUGCCACCUGACGGGUUUUCAUCCGCCACACUCACUGCAACUCAUACACUUCUCUCACUUGAAAACUUCUCAUCUACAACAGGGACAAAAUGAAAAAAGUUAUAUUCUUCUUUUUAGUUUCAAUAGCGAUUGUACGGUAUGUCUGUAUUAGUCUUCAUGAGCUAAAAAAUUUUUAUAGGUCUCAAAAAGCAUUCCAUUCUCGCCGAAUUGGUACUGAAGGACAAAUAAUUGGUCGAAUAUUGUCGGAAUACGAUUCCAACAGUAGACCGCCUGUUAGAGGUAUUUUCCGAAUCCUCUGAAGCAAAAAAAAAACGGUAUAGAACAUGCUGCCAAUUCCGCAAUUCUUGUUAUCACCAAUAUCUUCAUCAGCAGACUGAUCUGGCGUACCAACCACGCUGUAAUAAUCCAAAGUUUAUGAAAACGGGGCUGAAAAUUAGUAAUUGUCAGGAAGUUGAUCUGUAUCUUCGCCAGCAAUGGCAAGAUAGCCGCUUGAAGUACGACGUGGACACAAGAGAAGGAAUUGAGGAGAUUCGGUUGCCAAUGAAUCGAAAGAUCUGGGAACCUGACACCUAUUUCACAUCCGGAAGGGAACUUGGCAGACAUGACAAGAACUCGAAAAAUAUAAUCAUUGAGCCGAGCGGAUAUGUACGCGCUUCUGAGAGGUAUGAAACUAGUAAAGUGUAGGAUCACAGAACAUGAAUCUGCUCAGAAUUCUUUUGGAGCUCCCAUACGCAUAUGGAACAAUGUUCCCUUUCACCAACUCCAGACAAUUCACAAUUAAACUGGGAAGUUGUGAGUGGUUUUGAUUGUAAGAUAAUAAAGUUAAAAAAGAAACUGCUCAGAUAACUAUGACAUUGAUGAUAUUGUGUACUUGUGGGCCAACUCUCCGCCACUCGUUAACCCAAUCGAAGUUUCCGGAGAAUUGCUCAAAGGAGAUCUGACCUUUGAAGAGGCUAAUGCAGGCGACUGUGUCGGAAACUACACAGUCGGAGUCUUCUCCUGCAUCGACGCUCAUGUCUCCUUUUCGGCUGGUACUCUUUCGGGACUCAUGUCCUGGUUCUUUCCAUCUCUUUUCCUUCUGAUUGGUUCCUGGCUUCAUUUCUGGAUUCAUGGAAGUUGGUCGGUGCCAAGAUCUAUUUCUGCGGCGGUUCCUUUCUUCAUCCUUGCUGCCUAUUAUGUCAGCUUUUUUUUUUUGAAAAUCAUGAAUUCUUUUCCCUUUUUAUAGAUUUUCAUGAGCGAAGACGCCUACACCGAAGCCCAAGGAGCUUGGCUUGGAUUCUGCUUGAUUCUCACUUUCCUUUCAUUUAUCGAGUAUUUCCUUGUGAUUGGAUGUGGAGGAAGACGGUCUAUCCGCUACAAAACCCUCGGAACGCAAGAAGAACACCCAAUGGGAGCAGCCAAAGAAACCGUGGAAGUCGCUUAUAACGAGGGAUGCGCCUCGUUCAGAAACAACAGCGGAAUCGACGUCAUUGCGAGAAUUCUGUUUCCAGCUGUCACUGUUGUGUUCUUGGUCAUUUAUUUCAUUUUUAUCGUUUGA